AUGCUAUUAGUACAAGAUCUAAAGUAUAGAAGAUGGCUCAAAUUUGAUCACGUGUGGUCCAUUCUUAAAGAUUGUGAGAAAUUUACAAAUGACAACACCAAUUCACCAACUAGAUUCCAACAACAAGGUCGUAAUUUCAAUUCCCCCCAUUCUUGUUCUCAUGGUUUCGAAUCUCCGACAUCGGCACCCAGCGGUAUGAGUUCAUUUGAUCUUAAUAUGAAUGAUGAGGAAGUUCCUAUUAAUUUAUCUGAAAGACCUAUCGGUGUGAAAAAAGCAAAAGAAAAACAAAAAAGUGAUGAACAAUUUAAGAAAUUAAUGGAUCAAAGUCAAAAACUUGUUAACAUUAUAGAAAAUGACAACUUUGAAAGAAAUGAACUUCUGAGACAAAGGUUGAUGUGGCUAGAAUGA